AUGAACACGCCAGAGAGGGAGGGCGAGACGAUCGAGGGAGAAGUCCUGGGCCGCGCUAUCGUGGUCCUCACGAUUUUUGCGGCGAGAAGAGCUAUCGGAAACAUGAAGCCUUCACGAGCUCUCUUUCGCGCGCAGCCCCUGCUAGCUCGCACUCGCCCCUUCUCGUCGGACAGAGGUGGCGCCAUCGUCACUGGCGCAAAUGGCCUGAAGCUGUACCUACCACCGGCAGAGGACCCAGUUGGACCAUACCGGAAGGCAAUCUACUGUCCUGUCUCGCAAAUGCUCUUUACGUCGACGCACGUCGGCACAGACGAAGGCAACGCCAUUGUCCGUGGCAGGGUGGGCGAGGGCGAGGGGCUGAUUGCUCCUGAGCGGGCAAAGGUGUUGGCACGUCACGCGGGGCUGCGCCUCCUCGCCACACUCCACAGUGUCCUCGACGGCGACCUCAGCCGUGUGAGCCAGGUGCUGAAGCUGACUGGCCUAGUGAAUGGUGUGCCGGAGUUCAAGGCUUACGGAACGGUCAUUGACGGAUGCAGCGAGGUUCUGAUAGAGGCGUUUGGCGAUGAGGUUGGCGUCGGCGCUAGAGUGUGCUGCGGCGCAGGACUGGGCGGAGCAGUGUCCUGCGACCUUGUGGUUCGCGCACGGCCAGCGUGA